UGUAUGUACCAACUAGCAGACAAAAUUCUCCCUUUCUCUAUCCUCUCUGUCCUCUCGUCCUCACCUCCUUUUCUCCCUUUCUCUGUUCUGCGUUUCUCAAGCUCAGAGCCUCAGACUCUCACCUCUCUCUACCAAGUCACUCUUAUCUCCUCUCCUUAAUAAUCUGCUCUCAUGAGUCUCGAUCAUCUCUCAACUUUAUUCAGGUUUUGUUUUUAAUGACAGAUCAACCUCAAAAUCCUAAGCCACGAAAAGUUCAGAAGAAAGUAAAUUCAUAUUUUCUGAAAAAUGAUGUUGUUAUGGGUGAUAUUCCAAGUUCGGUUGUGGAAGAACCUUCUUGUUCUGUACGAGUUGAGUCUCAUGAAAUUGAUGUUAAUCACAUUGAACGUGAUCCGGGAAAACGCCCUGCAAUCUCGUCAUAUCCUAUUAAUGAGCGUGAUGAAGUUCGAAGAAAAUAUAAACUUUAUGUUCCUUAUCAACCAAAAUUAGAAGAGUAUCCAACUCAUCUUUGUGGAGAUCAAGAUCGCAGAUUCAAUGGGAUGUGGUUUGAAAAAUAUCAUUGGCUUGAGUACUCUGAUGAGAAUGAUAAGGCAUUUUGUUUUCCAUGCUUUCUUUUUGAUAGCGAUCCUUCGAGGCAUUCUUUGUUCACUUCUUAUGGGUUUGACAAUUGGAGAAGGAUCGGUGGUGUUCAAUGUUGCUUUAAAAAACAUGUAGGGAAGACUGGCUCCCCACAUCACAAGUCUAUGCAAGAUAUGUUGGGCUUAAAACAUGUGUGUAGACAUAUUGAUAAAGUCAUGAAUCCACAACCGCCAGAAUUGAUACAGCAAAAUCGGUUGCGGCUCAAGGCUACUAUAGAGGCUGUAAGAUUGUUAGCAAAGCAAGCACUUGCAUUUAGAGGUGAUGAUGAAUCUGCUGAGUCAUCUAAUCGUGGAAAUGUUGUUGAGAUAGUGGAUUCCUAUGGGAGAAUGAAUGAGGAAGUUGCAAAAGUCACCUUAGAAAAUGCCCCUCGAAAUGCUACUUAUACUUCACCAAAGAUUCAAAAAGAAAUUCUGAGUAUUCUUGCCAAUAGAGUUAGAAGAAAAAUUCGUGAAGAGGUUGGGGAGGCUAAGUUUUGUCUGCUUGUUGAUGAAGCACUUGAUGAAUCAAAGAAGGAACAAAUGGCAAUUAUCUUGAGAUUUGUUGAUUCUCAUGGGUUUGUUCGUGAACGAUUCUUCCAUGUUGUAAGUGUUAGCGAUACUUGUGCUGCAACUCUUAAGAGUAAGAUAGACAAUGUUCUUACUGAAUACAAUCUUCAAGUUGAAAAUUUGCGUGGUCAAGGAUAUGAUGGUGCUAGCAACAUGCGUGGUGAGUGGAAUGGGUUGCAAGCACUAUUUUUGCAAAAGUGUCCAUAUGCAUACUAUGUACAUUGUUUUGCUCAUCGCCUACAACUAGCUUUAAAUGCUGCAGCUAAAGAUGUGGGUGUUGUCUAUUUAUUCUUUCAAAUGCUGACUAGUAUCAUUAAUGUUGUUGACUCAUCUGCUAAGCGUGUUUCUGAGUUAAAAUCUAUUCAACAAGUUGAAGUUGUGGAACAAAUUGCUGCUGGGGAACUUGAAACUGGAAAAGGAGCUAAUCAGACAUGCAAUUUACAAAGAGCUGGAGCUACAAGGUGGAGUUCAAGGUAUUAUUCUAUCAAGAACUUGAUGAAAUUGUAUAACUCAACUAGUUCAGUUUUGAAAAACAUGAUAGAUAAUGGACUCAAUGGAAAAAUACGUGGAGAGGCUUUAGGUGCUUCUAAAGCUCUAAGAUCAUUUGACUUUGUGUUUUGCUUAUUGUUGUUGGACAAAACUAUGGGAAUCACAAAUGCUCUUUGUAAGUCAUUGCAAGAACAGUCUCAAGAGAUCAUAAAUGCUAUGAAUCUAGUUUCUAGUACGAAGGGUCGUCUUCAAAAGUUGAGAGAAAAUGGUUGGGUUGAUUUCUUUGCUAGUGUUGUAUCGUUUUGUGACGCACAUACAAUUGAUGCUCCAGAUUUUAGUGCUCGCCAUAUGGAAGGUACGGGUCGUCUUUCUCAACAACAAAAUUGUAUCACUAUUGAGCAUUAUUAUCGUGUUGAAAUAUUCAAUGCUGUAAUUGAUUUUCAAUUGAUGGAACUAAACAGUAGAUUCAAUUAGCAAACAAGAGAACUCUUGAUUCUUAGUUCUGCAUUGGAUCCUCGAUUUGAUUUUCAAUCAUUUGACAUUGACAAAAUAUGUUGUUUGGGUGAGAAAUUUUAUCCUCAUGAUGUGCCUGAUUUGAAUGAUCUAAGAGACCAGUUAGAGCAUUUUGAGUAUCAAUUCUCUGAACUUUCAGAAUUUCAAGAUUUAUGCACCCUUUCUGAGUUAUGUCAAGAAUUUGUUAACACAAGGACACCAUUCUUGUUGAUUGAGAGACUAGUUCGUCUAGUGAUGACUCUUCCUGUUUCUACGGCUACAACAGAGAGAGCAUUUUCAGCCAUGAAGCUCAUUAAGAACCGACUUCGAAGCAAGAUGAGUGAUGAUUUUCUUGCAGAUUUAAUGACAGUGCAUAUUGAGAGAGAAAUUGUUGAUACUAUUGAUUCAAAUUCGGUUAUAGAUGAGUUUUAUGCUUCAGGUAACCGAAGAGCACAACUUAAGUAGUUGAAUUUGUAUUGACAUUGAAUAUUUAACUUUGAAUUGUUUCAAUUUUCUAUUGUUAGAUUUGGGUGACAAAAUGCAUCUUGUGGAUCAUAUUUUGACAAGUGUUAUGCAAUUGAGAUAUUCCAUCAAAACAUAGUAAACUCUGUCAAAUUUUUAAGAAUAAUUUUUCUUGCCAGCAUAAGGUAAA